AAAAUCAACAUGUGAACCAUUGUUGUAAAGUGUGAUGAAUACUAUAAGACAAAUAAUCAACUGAACAUAACACACAUGAUGAUUUUAUCUUAACUUCACCUUUUGUCUUAGUUCUAUUCAUCACAUUUUUCAACUCUUGUCCCCAUUCCCCUCAACCCUCAUAGAAAACCAAACAAACAAACAAAAAAAAAAAAAACAAUCAAGAUCAUCAUGGCUAGACUAUGGUGUUCUUUUUUCUUAUUCACACUAUUAUUCCAACUAAACAAUUUCUGCAUUUCUAUGGUAGAACAAGUACCAAGUCCACCAUUACCAAUUCUCCCACUCCCAACAUAUUCACAAUUAAAAUGGCAACAAAGAGAGAUCAUAAUGUUCCUUCAUUUUGGUGUCAACACAUUCAGUGACAGUGAAUGGGGCACAGGCGAUGAAAAUCCAUCAAUAUUCAAUCCAAUUGGACUCAACACAACCCAAUGGGCCAAUGUGGCAGCAGAAUCAGGAAUUUCAUUGAUGAUAUUAACUGCAAAACACCAUGAUGGAUUUUGUCUCUGGCCAUCUAAGUACACUAAACAUUCUGUCAUUAGUAGUAAAUGGCAAAAUGGUAAGGGUGAUGUUGUUAAAGAGUUUGUCAAUGCAGCCACUGAUAAAGGAAUUGAUGUUGGGAUCUAUCUUUCACCUUGGGAUAGACAUGAUUCUAGAUAUGGUCAUGAUUUGCUUUACAAUGAAUACUAUUUGGCUCAAUUGCAAGAGCUUCUUAAAAAAUAUCAAGAUGUUAGGGAAAUUUGGUUUGAUGGAGCAAAAGAUCCCAGGGCACAAAAUGUUACAUAUUAUUUUUCAGAUUGGUUUUCUAUGGUGAAGGAAUUGCAAAGUUCUAUCAAUAUUUUCUCAGAUGCUGGACCUGAUGUUAGAUGGGUGGGGGAUGAAACAGGGACUGCAGGGGACACGUGUUGGUCUACCAUUAAUCGAACAUCUCUUUCAAUUGGAGCUUCAAACAUAACUCAGUAUCUGAACACUGGUGAUCCAAAAGGGACAGAUUGGCUACCAGCAGAAUGUGAUGUUUCAAUUCGUCCAGGAUGGUUUUGGCAUAAAUCAGAAUCACCAAAAAAACUAAGUGACCUACUUGACAUUUAUUACAAAUCUGUUGGAAGAAAUUGUGUGUUACUUCUUAAUGUACCUCCUAAUACAACUGGUCUUAUAUCUGAAAAUGAUGCACAUAGAUUAAAAGAAUUUAGAAGUGCAAUUGAUACAAUAUUUCAUAAAAACAUAGCUGAAAAUCGUUAUGUUAAAGUUAGUAGCCAAAGAGGAGGAAAAGAGGGAGGGUUUGGUCCAGAAAACAUGUUGGAUAGUGACCAUUUGUGGUCAUAUUGGACCCCACGGGAAGAUGAUAAGGAAAAGGACCAUUGGAUUGAAAUUUGGGGUAAUGAUGGAAGUUUAAGAUUUAAUGUGAUUAGAAUACAAGAAGCAAUUGGACUUGGUCAAAGGAUCGAACGGUAUGAAAUUUAUGUGGAUGGUAAAUCAAUAAUCCAAGGGACAACAAUUGGUUACAAGAGGCUUCAUAGGCUUGAUGGAGAUGUUGUGCAUGCUCGUGUUGUGAGAAUUAGAUUUAUUAAAGCUAGAGGAGUGCCUCUUAUUUCUUCUAUUGGAUUACAUUUUGAUCCUUUUUGGCACUCAAGGUUUACUGCUGCAUGAAGAAGAUAAUUAUAUAUAUAUAUAUAUAUUGUUCUGGGAAAAUGUUUAUCGUUAAGAAAAAGUUUGACAAGAAAAUAAAUGAUUAUAUGUAGCAGCAUGUAACAUAGAAUUUGAUUAGUCAAAUCUCUUAUUAUUAUGCAUUCUUCUCUUUAUUUCUUGUAUA